AUGUACGGAUCCUCAGCAGCCACCAAAGCCAAGCGCCGCACGCAUGCUCGACCAGAGCUCACCGACGAGCAAAAGCAGGAGAUCAAGGAGGCAUUUGACUUGUUCGACACGGACAAGGACGGAUGUGUGGAUUACCACGAGCUCAAGGUCGCCAUGCGCGCAUUAGGGUUUGACCUGAAGAAGGCGGAGGUGCUGAAAAUAUUGCGGGAUCACGACAAGACUGGACAGCACUUGAUGGAGUUCGAGGACUUCGCGAAGAUCAUGAGCGAACGUAUACUUGCACGAGACCCGAUGGAAGAGAUUCGUCGCGCUUUCCAAUUAUUUGACGAAGACAACACGGGCAAAAUCUCGUUGAGGAACCUACGACGAGUGGCGAAGGAGAUCGGUGACCGGCUGGAGGAUGAUGAGCUACAAGCCAUGAUAGACGAGUUUGACCUCGAUCAGGACGGCGAGAUAAACGAACAGGAGUUCUUCGCCAUCAUGACCGACGACGCAUGA